AUUUACUCGCUUAAAAUGAUUUCAUUAUGACGCAUUUAUUAAAUUACAACAAAAUUGUAAAUCAUAAAAAUUCCAGGAAAAAUUGAUUUUUAAUUCGUUCAAUUUGAAUUUGGCGGUUAUUCUGACGUAAUACAAAUAUAGGUCACGUGACGGGACCGCCAUCUCAACGCCAUCUCGAUCAAGUUUUUAGUACGGUGUGUGACGUCUCGGUGAGUGGGUGUUUUGUGCUAUUAUCCGCGAAGGAUAUUUAACUUUUCAAAAGGACCCUUUUAUUAAAAAAAGGGGUUUGCUCGAACUAAAUCUUUUCAACAAAGAAAUGGCGUGACAAUCGCCGGAUUUUAAAUCCCCCGAAUAACGGCGAUGGGCUCGUUUACUGCAGAUGAUGUCUACAUCGUCCCGACCCUUGCCAAGCUGCUGCACGCGUUACCACACGUCAACGUGACCUUCCAAAGGGUCAAUAGUAGUUUCGACCCACAAAAUCCCGUGUAUUUAGAGAGUUUGGGAAUAUUGGGUUCAGCACCAGCAGCUUGGUUAAUUUUAACACUAUUAGUUCUAUUAAUCUAUUUAUUAACGAGAUGUUGCGAUCGGAAACCAAGAGCUCAAAAAUCAAUAUCCGCACUAAAAGUAACAUUAGCAGUCGUAUCGGUAAUGUGUUGCGCCGCAAUCGGCCUCGGAUUAUACGGAAACGAUGAUCUGCACAACGGAGUUUCACAAUUUUUAGCCGAAGGCGAACAAGUCGACCAAGUAUUUGCCAAAAUUCGUAAUCAAACGGAAGCGAUCGAACGGCAAUUACGCUUCCAGGCGAACGGACAAUUAUCGCAAUUGGAAGCGAUUUUUAUGGAACCAGGUGGGAAUAUGACGGCCAAAUCAAAUUUGUUGUCUUGGAUGAAUAUGGCCAAAGAAAACAAUACCUUAGCCGCAAACGCAGCGUCGGAUAUAAAAAGUCCUUUGCUCCAUAUAGACAUUGCGAGUAAAAUCGCGAUCGGCGAUAAAGUUGAAACGAUUAGGUGGCCGUUAACGAUGGGAAUUUUGAGUGUGCUUCUCGUUUUAUGCGUGGUGCUAUUAGUUGGAGUUGCGAGGCAUAAUAGAUGCGCGUUGAUCGCGUUUUCUGUUUGCGGGUUAUUAGCGGUUAUAGCAUCUUAUGUUAUGGCAAGUAUUUAUGUUGCAUCAACGGUCGCUUUGGCCGAUUUGUGUAUGGCGCCGGAUAAAUUUCUUCAAGAUCAAGUUUCGAUGGAGGUUGCAAAAGAAAUUUUACAUUACUACACAAGUUGUGAAAAAGCAAGGGCGAAUCCUUUCACUCAACGAUUACGCGAAGGAAAAUUAGCCGUUGAAGCAAUGAGACAUAUGUUAACAGUAAUUAAUAAACCAGCACAAGAAUUAUUUCCCAAAAAAAAUAUCGAUCACCGUAUUAGUUCGUUGAUGAACCAAAUUAACGAAGGAGAUAUGUUGAUGACUUCUUUAACGGCGUUGGUUGAUUGUAAAGCUUUACACACGCAUUAUUUGAGAGGGGCGAGGGUUUUGUGUAAUGUUGGGCUGUUGGGGUUGACUUUGAUGUUGGCUUCUGCAGCUUUGGCUGGGUUUUUAUUGACUGCGUUAGUUUGGAUCGAUUCUCAUACUUGGAUCUAUAUAAGAAAGAAGAAAGAUUAUCACCAGGUGAACGAAACGGAAUCUUUCCUCCCGGCUCCAGCGGCGUCCCAAGCCAUCGCCGCACGGACUUUGCAACGCAGCCAAGGGUCGUCCUACCCCCCAGAUACUCCCCCACCGAGCUAUACGUCCGCUAUGAUGCAUAAUUCGCUUGCAACCGCCCCAGUGCAUGAAGCAGAGUCACUCAUUGAUGGCUGUGACAUGCGCUCAGCAGAGCAUCACAGAGGAGCCCAUAUGUCUCAUCUCCGGGGCCAUACUCUCGGACGAUUGCCAUCACACCACCACGAACAACUCGCGGGGCCUAAUAAUGGCAAGUACGCGACUUUAAGCAAACAAUGUAAAACUUUAGAGAGUUCAGACUUUUACUGAGACAGGUCUGCCUGCAAAGAAUUCCCAAACUUUAAAGGUUUUAAGUUCGAUCAGCAACAACAACAACACCAAAAGCUAGCACCAUCAAACGACAGCCAUCGAACCGCGAACAUAAAUAAAUUUAGUUCGUUAGGUCGUAGACCGCUUCCUCAAAUACCAACGGAUGAGAAAGCGCGAAAACAGCCUCCAGUUCCGAAAGUACCAACGACCAUCUCACAAACGGUCGGUGAAACACCGUUGAAUCCAGCUAAUUUCCGGUCGUUGCAACGAGGCGCGUGGCAAGACACAACCGCGUUCCAUCAAAACCUACAGUUUCGAUCAUUGCAAAGAACCGGAGCCCCGCCGCAACAUUCGCAAUUUCGUUCGGCUAAGAUUCAAGAUCAAAAUGAGGCUAUUUAUAAAAAUGGAGAUAGCGAAAGACAACUUUACGCUGUCACGGAGUUGUAAGUUGUUUAAAGAGGUUUUUUUUGUGAUUUUUUGGGAUAUGCAGGCAGCGAGAGGUAGAAAUUAUUUAAAAAGUAAUGAGAUAGAAAAAAUAACCAUUCCGAUUUAGAUUCAGUAUUUUCUUUUUUUAUUUAGAAUUAUUUUUUUGUUCUACGUACCGUUUUGCAUUUAGUAUGGAUGGAGGUUUUAAUUCA